AUUGAUCCAUAGUAUAAAAGAAAAUAAACAAAACUAUUGAUACUUAUCCUGGUGAAAACUCUUAUACAAGCAGUGGAGCUUCAAAGCAUGAUAAUUCACUUUUAAUUUCCUCUUUUUACAUUAUUUUCAACGUCUUAACUAAUAAAAGCUUAUUCCAAAGUGUUGAUUCCUUACUGCAUAAUAGCGAGAAAGCUUGAAAUGUUGGUUUUGACUUUUACACGUAGAUCAUGGUUGACCUGGCAUCCCAUUUUAUCUUUGACAUUAUUUUAGAUUACAAUUUUUUGUCCAAGGACCGGUAUCAAACAAACAUUUUCUAAUAAAACCUGGGUACACGACGAACAUAAGUAUCGAUUAUACGAAUGUGUAAAGAAAAGAGAAACAGAGCCACCAGCUCUACCAUGGUUUGUUUGGAUAUUCACGAGUAAUGUGAAAGAUGCUGGUACAGAUUCUUCUAUUAAGAUCACAUUGUAUGGUGAGAAUGGAAAAUCGAAUAUCAUUACACUCAGUAGUUCUGGAGGUUUUUUUGAGAGAGGACAAUGUGAAAAGUUCAAAGUAGACAUUGUCGAUGUCGGAACACCAUAUAAACUACGUAUUAAUCAUGAGCAGAAAGACGAGAAUGCAGCAUGGUGUCUGAGUAGAAUCGAGAUGGAAAACAUCACAACGAAAAAACGAUAUAUAUUUAAGUGUGACGCAUGGCUAUCGAAAAGAAAAAAUGAUAGACAACUGAUAACAGAGUUACCAGCUGAAGGCGAGGACAUAUCUUGGGAUCUACCAGGCACUAAUUCUGAAGUAUUCAUUAAUAUAUAUGGAGGAUUUGGUGAUACAGGAAAACGAUGGUUGGAACAAUCAUUAACACAUAAAGUUAAAUUUUUGAGGGGUCAGAUGGAUACGUUUGUAAUUGAAGCAGUUGAACUGAAAACAAUUAGAAAAAUUUUGAUUGGCCGUGAUGACAGUGAUCGAAACGGUUGGUAUUUAGAUACCGUUAUUCUACGGCAAAAACACAACGACGAUUUUAAAGUGACAUUUUUAUGUAAUAGUUGGUUACGAUCUGAUGAAAAUGAUGGUAUUAUAUGGAGUGAAUUUUUUGUUGCAAGAAAAGAACAGUUGCAAAAAUUUACCUACCAUAUACGAAUGAAAUAUGGUGGCGACGAUAUAAACAGCGUUGUUUAUUUACAAAUCUUAGGUGAAAACAGAGAAAUAGAUAUUAAAGAUAUGAAAAUAAAUAAAAGAGACAACAUAAGCAUUCAGAUGCAUGAUCAAUUAGCUGAGUUCACUUAUGAAUUUAUGAAUUUAGGCGACAUUUUGAGUGUUGCAAUUGUUUACAAUGGAUCAGUUUUGUUGAUAGAUUAUGUUGAAAUUGAAGUACCAAAACAGUUAAAAUUAUAUAAAUUUUUAUGUGAUUGUUGCCUAGGACUAAAUGUUGAUAACAGACAAACACAAAUUGGUGUUGCACCAACGUCUGUUGAGAAUCUAAUUUUGUAUGAAAUAAUUGUUUAUACUGGAGACGCAUCAGCCGCUGGUACAGUAGCAAAUGUUUUUAUAGAUAUAUUUGCUUCCAACAGAAAUACUCCAAGAAUUAAAUUAAGAAAUCAUUCCGAUAACUUUGCACGCGACAGGACAGAUUUUUUCUAUUUACCGAUGGUUUAUCUUGGUAGAAUCAAAAAAAUUCUUAUUGGUCAUGAUAGUAAAAAAUUUGGUGAUGCAUGGUUACUGGAAAAAGUAAAUAGCCAACUAAAAUAAGCUUUGAGAAUUUUCUUUUUAUGAGAAAAAAUGUUUCCCUUUACUGUAAGGUGUGUAUCAAAUGUUCUCGUACUAAAAAACCUAAUAAAAGAGUAACAGGUAGGAAAAUGCUGCAAGGUCUCUAAAAAGCUAUUGUGAAACUAUAUUUUAUAGAAAAAUUAGAACAUGGCAAUGAAGAAUAUUGGUUUAUUGCUGAUAAAUGGUUCAGCGUUUUUCAAGGUGAUAAGAAGAUAGAAUGUGACCUGUAUCCUACACAUGAAGGAGGAAAUAUAGUGACAACAGGUAAUGACAGUUUGCUGCUUGCUCUUUCUCGUGCCACUAAAAGAACGAUACCUAACUUAUCGCUAUGCAUUUCAGUAAAUUGCACAGCCAGUAUACUCGUUCAUUCGAUGGAUUUUACCGUAAUGCACUGUUAGACAAUAAUAUCGAAGUAAAACAGUGGAUAGAACUAUAUAAGUAUAUACUUUCCUACCAUAAAUCACUUAGUGAUUUGCUUAUAAAUAAGGAUAUUAUAAAAAAAUGCUUGAAGUUUGUGGACUAACUCACAUAGUACUCUAAAUAAAACAGUUGUAAAAUAUGUUGUAUGAUAACUAUCAAUUGAAAUCUGUUUUGAAACGCCUUCCAAGUUUUUAAGAGUCUCUUCGCUCGAGUACUGUUCUAAGACCAGUCAAAGGCGACUAUGAUGUUUUGACCACAAAACGGGAUAUAUGUAGAUUUGUCGAGGAAGAUUUCCGCUAUCUAGUGCCCAUGAGGGCAUUUUCGAUAAAUUUAUCGCGAUAAAUGAUAUUUUUAUCCACCCGUCACCGAUUUUUCUAGUAUUUAUCUAAAGGAAAAAUUCAUCGCGAUAAAGAACUUUUUCAUCGCAGAAAUCUC